AUGUACAAUUACACACAAAGUAUCAAUCCGAAGUUGCGAAUUUUGUGGGUGGAUACGCCGCUAAAUUGUCCUCUACAACUGUUUUUACUUUGGAAGGAUUGUCCACAAGAGUCAUCAUGCAAACUCACGGCUGAGACAGGCGCUCAGCGCCAAGUGGUGAACAGGGCGUUCGGGGCCUUGUGGCACAAGCAGAUGACAAGCCUUUUCGCGAUACCACUAGCUGCACGCCGGAACUUUGGACCCUUUCCCGUGCCUCUUACCGGGCAGUGCACCGUUCUUUUGGUAUUUAUGUAUACGGUUAUACCCUUCUUUGUGUGGAUCUCUACUCCAGUAUAA